UUUGUUGCUUUGCCGACGGUAGGCUGCGGCUGCCUUCAGCAACGUGGUUUUUUCAUAUAAAUUUUCAAAUUUAAUAAUUAUGUCGGGAUCAACAUUCGAAACCUGUUUAUUUCUUGGACGAAAAAUUUCCCGUAUCCUAGGCGGUGGUGUAAUGUUUAAGGCGAAACAGAGGGAGUGGUAUAAGCCAUACGGUCGAAACGCUCCAGCAGAACGUUUAGGAUGCGCUGCUCAGCAUCUCCCAUAUUGGCAGUGAUGAGGCUGGCCUGUUCCUCAAAACGGAGACUUAUCAACGCCAUAAUUUUAGACGAUAUAGCCUCUGACUGGCGGCCCUCCUUAAGGUCAGUGACUGUGUUUUCUCGUGCGCGUUUGUUGGGUUGCGGUGCCAUGAUAUUCAGUUUGCCAUUGCAGCAUCCGCACGCCAUGACCAACGUGGUCCCAAGUGCCGACAAACACGCCGUAACGAGCAGUACGGCACUGGCGAUACGGAACUCGACAAUUAUAGCUCAUCGCUUGUCCAUCUACUUACCGCAUUUACUGCUGCCGUCAAGGGAUCCUCAAAAGCUCAUCACUGAAAUCAACUGCUUUGUGGCGCAGUUCCGGGAGCUGCUAAUCUAUGUUGGUCAAUCCAAGGACUGUCCGGAGCUACGGGAAAAAAUACGAAAGCUACGUCGCAGUUGUGUGGACGCUUGCAAGCAUAUGGCCCAAGUGAUCACGCCCCAGCCCCGCCAUUGUCUGGGCUGCCCCAGCGAAAAGCUGCACCUGACCUUGCUAUUCUACUUAACGCAGCAGUUUACGCAUGAGCUGAUCAAGAGCUAUAGGCUCAUCCAACUUGUACCCAUAGAUAUGACGGACUACUAUGCACAAACGCGCACUGGUCCGUCAAAUCUAGGCAAUGUAAUCAGUCAGAUUCUGCUCUGCAAGCAUAUCAAUCCAGAUUUUCAACAAGAGGAGCUGUGUAGCAUUAGUAAGGAUGUGCAGGAGCUGACGGAAUUGUUGGCCGAGCUGCAGGCGCAUAUGCCUGAUAUAUCUCAAGCGACUGCCAAUCAUACAGCUGCCAGCAGCAUGAUCUCCUUGAAUGCACCCUCUUGGUAUACUCAGCAGCGACGUCGUAGCUGUAGGAGUCGGAGUCGGUCUUUCUGCUGCUGUUUUGCGCCUUCGAAAGUGCUGUAAACUUAACAGUGCGCUGUUAGCACUUAACAGUCUGUACUUUGUGGGCUGAAUGGCAGUUCUUAAAACAGCUUUGAGGAAAAAUACAUUUUAAUAAAUUUAUGUUGUUUUCAACCUCCAAAGCGAUU